CUGUGUUGCUAGCAAGCGACAGGGUCAAAGUUUGUGCAUAAAAUAUUUGAGUUAUUUCAGUACUCAUCAAGUACUCAAUUUAUUUAAUUUACUGUUACUAAAGUAGUGUAAAAGUCGAUAUGUCUCGCUACCGAGAGUGGGACCUCUCUUGCAAGGUUUACGUGGGCAAUCUUGGCACAAAUGCGUCUAAAUAUGAAAUAGAGAAGGUAUUCUCUAAAUAUGGAAACAUCAGAAAUGUGUGGGUGGCGAGAAACCCGCCAGGAUUUGCGUUUGUGGAAUUUGAAGAUCCACGUGACGCUGAAGACUCCGUGCGUGGAUUGGAUGGCACUCGAUGCUGUGGCACUCGUAUCAGAGUAGAAAUGUCUAACGGCCGCACCAGAAGAGAUCGCAGAUACUCCAGGUCCAUUUUAUCAACCAACCACCAACACACCAACGACCUCACCACAUGUGUUCACCACAACUACGGCUCGUUAACCAAUCUGACAUCCGCGAACGCCGCUCGCAACAACAUCCCGCUCAACUUCUGCGAUCGGCUCUCCAAACUUCUGCGCGCAGCCGAAGUCUCCAACAUCUGCGUCCCUAUAACUUACCUCCUGACCGCCAUCACCUAGUCCCCAACCGUAAUCCGAACCUGGACUUGAAUAAAUGCAUUAUAGAGAGCCACACAGUAUAGGAACCUACAACUGUCCUGAAUGUCAUUGCAACUCCUAAUGCUUCACCGACUGCACACACUCGUCGUCACCGUGGCACCGAGCUAGAAUACAACCUAAGGCGAUCGACUUCCCCGUGUUACCGCAAUUUUUCUUGAAACUUCCAAUUAAUGCCACCGUUCGACGGAAGAUAACAUUGAAACGCCUCCGCCUCAGUAAUAUCCCUUCGGCCUCACAGCAGCCCCACAACGGUCGACCUUCGCAGGCUCACCAUUUCUCGAUCCCGCAGUCGCAGUCCGCGCCGACGCUCGUACUCGCGCGGCCGGUCCGGCUCUCCGCGCCGAUCGCCGUCGGUGCGCCGCCGCUCGCCAUCAGUACGUCGCUCACGGUCUCGCGACCGCCGCAGCCGCUCUGACAGCAA